UUCAGCAAGCAGCAUGGCAGUGUCCAGUGAGAGAGGCUGGAAAUAGACAAGUUGCCCCCCCCCCCCCCAAUCUCCCUCCUGCUUCCCCCCACAAGGUGUUUCCAGCAAUGGGAUUGUGGCGGAAGGUAGUGCAGAGUAAAGCGAAGUUCACCUCAUUCCGCUCCUACCAGUUUGCCUUGUUACUUGCAGCUGCACUGGCCGUGUUUGCUUUUUACUACUUUGGAUCCAACCAUGAAAAUUUUUCCAGCACAACCAGGAGAAUGAAAGAAAGCCAGGCGGGGAAGGGUUUACAGGGCGAUGCUCAGCUGGUGGCGAAUCUCAGUGAGAAGAAGGCGGCAGAGUCCCUGCCAAGUGCUGCUGUGGUUAACGGACAGACUGACAACUCGGUGGGAGACAGGACGAUACAGCUGCAUGCUCUGAUGAUGUUCACCAAGGUGGAUAAAAACUACGCUCUUCAAGAAAAAAUUACGGUUGCAAUUAAGUCGAUGGUAAAACACGCAGUACUUAAGGAUAACGAGAUGCUCCAUCUGCAUUUUGUUAGUGAUGCACCCAGCAAAAAGAUAGGAGACCCUCUUCUCCAAAAGCUGCUGCAAGGCGCUGCCUUCAAGUACCAGGUUACAUUCCAUGAUGUGGAUGCCAUGACUCAGAAGUUGUUCCCUGUUGUUGAAGCAAUGCAGAAACUCUUCAGUGCUGGUUCUGGUGCCUAUUACAGUGAUUCCAUUUUCUUCUUGUCAGUUGCCAUGCACAGAAUCAUGCCAGCAGAGUUGACUCGUAUUGUGCAGUUGGAUCUGGAUUUGAAGUACAUGUCUAAUAUCAGGGACCUGUUUGAAGAGUUUGACAAGUUCCAACCAGGAGCUGUUAUAGCUAUUGCCAGAGAAAUGCAGCCUGUUUACAGGCAUACCUUCUGGCAGUACCGCCAAGAAAACCCCAAAACUAAAGUUGGUGACCCUCCACCAGAUGGUCUCCCUGGUUUCAACAGUGGCGUCAUGCUGUUAAAUCUAGAAGCCAUGCGUCGGUCAGAUCUUUACAAUCAGCUUUUGGAUGCGGAGAAGGUAAGAAAACUUGCAGAAGAGUAUCAUUUUAAGGGCCACCUUGGUGACCAGGACUUCUUCACAUUGAUUGGAAUGGAACACACAGAACUGUUUCACAUUUUGGAUUGUACAACAAACAGACAGCUCUGCACCUGGUGGCGGGAUCACGGAUAUGCUGAUGUCUUUGAUCUGUACUUCAAAUGUAAUGGGAAAGUGAAAAUAUAUCAUGGAAACUGUAAUACUCCAAUCCCAGAUAAUUAAACAAUAUUUGAAUAUGUUUACCAAUGCUUCACAAGGCACAACAUUUCCUUUUGCUGGGAAAUUUGUUUUAUAAGAAUCUCUCUUCAUUUUGGAAAUUCUAUUUUUAUCUCUUAUUUGUUAUGCCUUUUGAUCUCUGCCAUGUUAUGAGUGACAGCCACCAAAAUAAUAAAUAUAUUGCGAGAAAAACUAUAUUAUUGAAAUGGAAUACAUACUGGUAAACCUAAAUUCUCAUUAAACUUGUCACUCUUUUCCAGGAAUGUGCACGUCUAUAACUUCUAUAUGCAAAUCAAUAUUUUGUUUGUAAAGCAAAAAUCUGAAAUGAUGGAAAUCUGAAAUAGAAACACAAAAUUCUGGGGAUACUCAGCAGGUCAGGCAGCACCUCAAUAAUAACUCUUUCUUUGUCUCCACAGAUGCUGCCUGCUCCUGCUGAUUAUUUCCAAGCUUUUUCCAUUUUUAUGGUGAUAUCUUCUUUGUCUACUGUUGUUUUAUUCCCACUUCUCAUAGAGCAACUGUGUUAAGGGCUUGCUCCAGGGAGAAUCCUUGCAAGCCUACGCUUCUUCCCACACUUGUUCCUCAUUGUGUUGUUUAAAAUAUAUUUUAAACAUCUGUCUCUCAUUGAUUUUUAUCAGAUAUAUUGGUUCUUUUAAAUCGCUGCAUAUCCUGCAUAAAGAAAUGUUCUUUCUUGCUGCAGCUGGUUUUGACUUUUGCACCAUGUCUGAAGCUUUAAACAUGUAAGAACCUGAAUGGUCUUGACAGCAUGUAUGUGGAGAGAAUGUUUUCUCUUGUAGAAUCUAGAACAAGGGGUCACUGUUUAAAAAUGUGUUCACUCGUUUAAGACAGAGGAGAGGCAAUUUUUGUCUUCCUAAGGGUCAUUAUUCUGUGCCUCGAGGAAGAGAAUUCAGUGAAAGCAGAUUUGAAUAUUUGUAAGGCAAAGGUAAAUAGAUACUUAACAAGCAGAGAAUGAGAGAUUACUGUAGGCAGAUGGGAAUGCAGAAUUGACAUUACAAUCAGAUCAACCAUGAUCUUAUCAAUGGUGGGUGGAGGGUCAGGUUUGAGGGACCAAAUGGCCUACUCCUAGCUCCUUGUUCAUAUAUUUGUAAGGAACAUUUUUGAAAAAGAACAUUUUGCCUGGAGUAUACCUUAAUUGAUCUGAACAAGACUCGACACGAAAAAGCUAGAAGGGUGGAGAGACUCCCAUGUACAUUGUUGUCUCUUUCUUUAUAAGAGUCAAAUUUCUCUAUCAGUUCUUAUAAAUAUACUUUCUCUAUUAUUUGUGCACAUCCAUCGUUUUAACUUUUUAAUUUAAAUUCUAUCAUUUUAAUAGAUUUGGUAUAAUUUGAAUGGUUUUGGAAGUUUGCAUUCCGGGUGAUAUAUUCAUUGUAUAAGCCAUCCAUUCAUUGUUAUUUCAUGUGUAACAGUUUAUGCUGAAUGAGUAAAAUGAGCUGAACAGUACAUGCAAUUUAUGUAUGAAAUAUUUGGAUCCUACCAUUGUGCAUGACAAUAGUUGCUUGGACCAAAGAACAUUUUUCUUUUAGCUCUUCAUGCAGCAUUCAUGGUUGACAACUGAAAAAUUUAAAAAAAACAAAAAAAGAGGGUAUUUGAAAUUUUAUGCAUAAAGUUAUUGCAAUCUGAAAUCUGUGUUUUAGCUCUGUAUGCAUGAAAAUGGUGCUGGGGGCCCAAUGCACUGUACAGCUUGCAAACUGAGUUGUUUAGUUGAAACGCAUUCCUGAAAGAAAUGAGUGCUACUUUCCACCUAAAAUAGUUGGAAGAAUAUAUUGACCUUCAGAAUUAUUUCCUAAAAGGUUCCUAAAUUUCCUGCAUGUUAUUAAGUUUGCUCCAUACCAACAUACAACAAUGUUAAUGGGUGUGCCCAUUUAAAGACGGGUAUAUUAAUAUGGAUAACUGUCAGAUUUUGAAAUAGGACAAAAAUGAGUCACGUGGGAUUGCACAUGGGUUAUAGAUGCUGUUUUCCUUUCCACAGUCCCCAUGGUGAAAUUAAAUAGUUAAACAGUGCUAGAUAUGCUUGUUUGAUGGA